UGAAACGCAGUUGUAAAUCAUAAAUAGUUUGAAUUCAUUAAUGGAUUAAAAUCAUUUGAUAACUGCUUUUAAGUAUCAUUUAAAGGAAUAUGUAACAAUACACUAUUUACCUGUAACAUUUUGUGAUUUUUUUAUUUAAUUGAGCAUGACUAUAAAUAUGGACAAAAACUAAGACGUAGAGUGAAUGAUGAAAAUACAGACAGAGAGAGAGGUUGAUCCUAGGACUCUCAAUGGUAUACUUUUCACUGUUUCGGAAUCACCUCCGUGGUAUUUAUGCAUCUUAUUUGGAUUUCAGCAUUUUCUAACAGCAUUUGGAAGUCUGAUAUCACUCCCGAUUCUAUUGAGUAAGCUGUAUUGUAUGGACAGUGACAAUGUUGCUCUAAGUGAAAUUAUCAGUACAGUGUUCUUUGUCUCUGGUAUUGUCACACUCCUACAGACUAGUUUUGGUAUCAGGUUGCCAAUUCUACAAGGUGUAUCUGCAAGCUUCCUGGUCCCUAUCAUAACAAUUCUAAACCAACCUGAGUGGAAAUGUCCUUACACAGAAGCAAGAAACAAAUAUGGGAAUAAUGUAACAUUCACGGACAUUGGUUUACCAGCCGUCGGUAGUUCUGGUCAUCAAGAAAUCUGGCACAAACGAAUUCGAGAAGUUCAAGGGGCUAUAAUGAUAGCGUCAUUGUUCCAAAUAGUGAUAGGAUUUACAGGUGUGAUGGGUUUUGCACUCCGGUAUUUUGGUCCGCUCGUUAUCACACCCACUCUCACCUUAAUUGGUUUAUCUCUCUUCCAAACCGCGGCAGGAAUGGCAUCGCAACAAUGGUGGAUCGCUAUAAUGACGAUAUUGCUUAUUACCAUACUCAGUCAAUAUUUGAAGAAUGUCAAGAUACGUUGUCUACCUAGAAGGACUAACGAGUCGGGAGUAAAACAAAAGUUGCCAGUAUUCACGCUGUUCCCGGUUAUGAAUGCAAUUCUUUUAUCAUGGGGUGUAUGUGCAAUUCUAACGGCAACCGGGGCAUUGCCUGACAAUCCUGGGGAAUGGGGAUAUGCUGCCCGCACCGAUAGAAGUUUACAAGUUUUACAAAGUGCCGAAUGGUUCCGAUUCCCAUAUCCAGGUCAAUGGGGUUUGCCUACUGUAAGCGCUGCAAGCGUGUUUGGGAUUUUAGCGGGCGUUUUAGCAGCCAUGUUGGAAUCAAUUGGAGACUAUUACGCAUGCGCAAAAUUAUCUGGAGCGCCACCUCCCCCACAACACGCGAUAAACAGGGCCAUAUUAGUAGAAGGCUUCGGUUGUUUUCUUGCUGGGCUAUGGGGUACGGGACAAGGUACAACUUCGUUUGGUCAAAAUACAGGAACUAUUGGUAUAACUAAGGUGGGCAGCAGAUUUGUUGUUCAGGUUGCGGCAUGCAUCAUGUUGGUUCUUGGCUGCGUGGGUAAAUUCGGGGCCGUAUUUACUUCCAUACCACAACCUAUUGUCGGAGGAGUCUUCAUGGUCACAUUUGGUAUGGUAACCGGUGUAGGACUGUCAAAUUUACAAUAUGUCGACUUGAAUUCUUCUCGGAAUGUUUUUAUAGUUGGGAUUUCUAUCUUUUUUGGACUUAGUUUUCCGGUUUGGAUAAAAGGGAACCCUGGCGCUAUAGACACGGGAAGUGACGUCGUUGACCAGAUACUGUCUGUUUUACUAGGUACAAACAUGUUUGUUGGUGCUUUAGUUGCCUUUGUACUUGGCAAUACUGUUUCAGGUACACUUAAAGAGCGAGGAAUCCUGUCUUGGAUUGGGGAUAGUACCACAAGAACAGACACAGAGCGGUCCGAACAAAGCGUUUAUGAUCUUCCAUGUAUACAAGACAGGUUAAAUGGUAUUUCCGUGUUGAGAUAUUGCCCAAUAUGUCCAUCGUUUACAAGAAAACCAGGGACGGUCGUCAGUCAGCAGAAAAAUGGCGGGAAAAUGUCGGCUACAGAUAUACAUGAAGGAUUUGAUGAUAAAAUUGAAGAGUUUGAUUUAGGCGAUAACACACGAUUGUGAUUUUCAUGUUUAUGCUUUGAAUUAUUCAUAUAUGUACAUGUACCUUAUAGAUCUAUACACAUAUCACACAUUAUAUGUUUUUUUACUAUUCACUAGAACCACAGAAAUAAACAGUCUGAGAUGUACCGUUAUAUUCUUUUGAUUUUUCUAAAUUUUCUUUUCAGAAACAAAAAACAACCAUAUAUUUCAACAUAGCUUUUAUUCGUCAAAAGACGAAUGUUACAUGUAUUCGGAUAAAAGGGCCUUUUUUCAAUUUAUAUUUAGUUAAGCUGUUUCAUAUUUCUUCUAUUUCGACAAUUUUUAUGUUUUGGCCUCAUUAUCAGUUUGAAGUGUCGCGAGCAAAAAUAACGCUAUAAACGGAAAUGGUUAUGAAGAAUUAGGAAAUACAGUUUGAUAAAGAAACUUUAAAUAACACCAACUUUGAUAAUGUUACUAUUUUGAACUUGUUUGUUCAACUCAAGGAUCUAAUGGACCCGUAUGGUAAACAUUCAAUAUCAAUAUUUAAACCUUUUAGGUUAAAUAAUAUAAUUAUUAAAUUUUUUACACGAUUUGAAUUAUAUAACAUAUAUCAUCAAAUUACAUUUUUUGUCUUGUAUGUAAAAUACGUAUGUCUUUAGUUGUAACUCAUGAUUUGGUCUCCAAUGAAA